CGGGAGGGUAUAAAGUCGAACAGCGGCGCGUGGUAACGUCAGUCUGACAGCAACCGGCGACUAGAUACAUACAGCGGGAGAGAACCAAGCGAGGAGCGGCCUAGAGAGACCGGAUAUUGCUAUCUAGAGAGGAUUACAUUUCCCACUGGCUAUUACAAUACAUCUCAUGGUCACAAUGAAGCUGCUAGCAGUUGUAUUGCUGGUUAUUGCCAGCACUUGUGCUGACGAUUACGACAAGAAGGAGGAAGUUGGCACUGUAGUUGGAAUUGAUUUGGGAACCACCUAUUCAUGUGUUGGUGUGUUCAAGAAUGGCCGUGUGGAGAUCAUCGCCAAUGACCAGGGUAACAGAAUCACACCCUCUUAUGUGGCCUUUACCCCGGAAGGUGAACGUUUAAUUGGAGAUGCUGCCAAAAACCAGUUGACCUCCAACCCUGAGAACACUGUGUUUGAUGCCAAGCGUCUGAUUGGUCGCACCUGGAAUGACCCAUCUGUUCAGCAGGACAUCAAGUAUUUGCCUUUUAAGGUUUUGGAAAAGAAAACUAAGCCAUACAUUGAUGUGGAUAUUGGAGAGCAAAGAAAGACUUUUGCCCCAGAAGAAAUCUCUGCUAUGGUCCUGACCAAAAUGAAGGAGACUGCAGAGGCCUAUCUUGGAAAAAAGGUUACCCAUGCCGUUGUGACAGUACCUGCCUAUUUUAAUGAUGCGCAACGUCAAGCCACAAAGGAUGCUGGAGUUAUUGCAGGGUUGAAUGUCAUGAGGAUUAUUAAUGAGCCAACUGCUGCUGCUAUUGCUUAUGGCUUGGACAAGAAGGAAGGAGAGAAGAAUAUUCUCGUGUUUGAUCUGGGUGGUGGCACUUUUGAUGUGUCCUUGCUUACGAUUGAUAACGGUGUCUUUGAAGUAGUGGCUACUAAUGGAGACACCCAUCUAGGAGGAGAAGACUUUGACCAGCGUGUUAUGGAGCAUUUCAUUAAACUUUACAAGAAGAAAACUGGCAAAGAUGUGCGUAAAGAUAACCGAGCAGUACAGAAACUGCGCAGAGAGGUAGAGAAGGCUAAGAGGGCAUUGUCUGCCCAACAUCAAUCCAGAAUUGAGAUUGAAUCCUUCUUUGAAGGAGAAGACUUCUCUGAAACUCUAACACGUGCCAAGUUUGAGGAGUUGAAUAUGGACCUUUUCCGUUCCACCAUGAAACCAGUCCAGAAAGUACUUGAGGAUGCUGAUCUAAAGAAGUCUGACAUUGAUGAAAUCGUGCUGGUGGGUGGUUCCACUCGUAUCCCCAAAAUCCAGCAGUUGGUGAAAGAAUUCUUCAAUGGCAAAGAACCCUCCCGUGGCAUCAACCCUGAUGAGGCUGUAGCCUAUGGUGCUGCUGUCCAGGCUGGCGUGCUUUCUGGUGACCAGGAUACUGGUGACUUGGUCUUGCUUGAUGUGUGCCCUCUAACCCUUGGCAUUGAGACUGUUGGCGGUGUAAUGACUAAACUCAUCCCCAGAAACACUGUUGUGCCUACAAAGAAGUCCCAGAUCUUCUCUACUGCCUCUGAUAACCAGCCUACUGUCACCAUCAAGGUUUAUGAAGGUGAACGUCCAUUGACCAAGGACAACCAUCUCUUGGGAACUUUUGAUCUCACCGGCAUCCCUCCAGCUCCACGUGGUGUUCCUCAGAUCGAAGUUACGUUUGAGAUCGACGUAAAUGGUAUCUUAAGAGUGACAGCAGAGGACAAAGGAACUGGCAAUAAGAACAAGAUCACGAUUACAAAUGACCAGAACCGCCUGACACCAGAAGAAAUUGAAAGGAUGGUAAAUGAUGCCGAGAAGUUCGCAGAAGAUGACAAGAAGCUCAAAGAACGGAUAGACUCUCGAAACGAACUAGAAAGUUACGCCUAUUCACUUAAAAACCAGAUAGGGGACAAGGAGAAGCUCGGUGGCAAGCUGUCAACUGAAGACAAGGAGACCAUUGAAAAGGCAGUAGAAGAGAAGAUUGAGUGGUUGGAGAGUCAUCAAGAUGCAGACAUAGAAGAGUUUAAAGCCAAAAAGAAAGAUUUGGAAGAAAUUGUCCAGCCAAUUGUUGGCAAACUUUACGGUGCAGCAGGGGCACCCCCUCCUGAGGGAGAGGAGACGGAAAAGGAUGAGUUAUAGGCCUAAAGGUGAUCUUUGGCUGCUAUGAUACUGUAAAUAAUGGACUCAGGAACUCCUUGUUGAGAGAAUAUUUGAACACAAAACUCUAAUGUUCGUGUGUAUUCUUCACUAACCAGUGGAGACAGAUGCUAAGCCAGUAUGGCUGUUUACUGCUUUUCAUUAGCAGUUGUUCACUCUGAUCACUAUUUUUGUUGGGUUACUUCCCCUGGGGGGUGGGGUCUGGUAUUCUGGGAGGGUGUGAAGUUGCUCAGAUGUUUUAUUUAUUUGAAGAAAGAAAAAAAACUUGGUCAUGUGCAUUCUAUGUAGAACUUUUUUCUACCAUCAUUGACCACAAUAAAUGUUUGAUAAUGAA